AUGCCUUCUUCCGCUCGUCCAUCAUCUAGAUCGCCUCCCUCCUCGCAACCAGCUGCCACCUCGCAAAAGUCUCCCCUCCGUUCCUCGCCGGAUCCCCUCUCCUACCAGUCGCACGGCUCGACACCACCGUCUUCCGUCUCGCACUCCCGGGUUGCGAACGGCAAAUCUCGAGCAUUGACACGGCAGCCCCCCGCCGACUCGGAGCAGGACUCGACGUCGCUCGACGAUUUCUACGACGACGACGACGAGCAGGACUACUACCAAGGCGAGCGAGACGGCGACGCACGUCGGCCGUUCCUGCAGCAACGAAGCAGCACCUCGUCGAGUCUGCGCAAGAGCCGUCCCAACACCAAACGGUCCAAUUCGAUCAAGAUGAAGCGCUCCAAUUCGCAUAGACUCGCAGAUCAGUACAAGGACGACGAGGCGACGGCCAAGGCGAAUGGCAACGACGGCAAUCGCGCCGCUUCGCCGAGCAGCUCGAGUCCGCGCGGCACCUCGUCGAGUGGCGGCGGAGAAGUCUCGCGCGGUCCCAAGGAUGUCACGUUCGACGACAUCUUUGAUCCGACCAAGACGCUGCGCGAGAACAAGUCGAUGAUGAUCUCGGCGGAGCUCGACCGCAUGGGCAUGGGCAAGUAUCAGAUCUGCAUCUGGGUGCUGUGCGGAUGCGGGUACUUUAUCGACCUGCUGUGGGCGCAGGCAUUGGGUUUGAUCGUAACGCAGGUGGCAUACGAAUUCAAUGUCGAGGGCAAUACCGGUGUGCUCUCGACUGCCUUCAACACGGGCCUGACGGUGGGCGCCUUCUUCUUUGGCUUUGCCGUCGAUGUGGUGGGCAGAAGAUGGAGUUUCUACCUCACCACCUUUAUAGCCUCGGUGUUCGGUAUUGCCAGCGGCGGCGCACGCAGCUUCGAUAUGCUGUGUGUUCUUUCGGCACUUAUUGGCUUCGGUAUCGGCGGCAAUAUCCCCAUCGACGCUACGAUCACGCUCGAGUUUUUGCCCACAAACCGCCGCUUCCUGGUCGCCGCGCUGUCCAUCUUCCAGCCCAUCGGCGUGCUAGUGUGUUCAGGCAUCGCCUAUGGCCUCAUUCCGAAAUACGCCUGCGAAUCGGCAGAUCCAUGCCCUCGAUCGAGCAACAUGGGGUGGCGCUACACGCUAUACACGCUAGGCUGCAUCACUUGGCUGAUUUUCGUGGCUCGGUUUUUCGUAUUUUCAUUCCGAGAGUCGCCGCAGUACCUGCUCGCGCGAGGAAACGACGCCAAGGCGCUCAAGAUCAUCCAGCAGAUCCUGCACACCAACAAGAGCAAGCUGGAGCCUCUGUUCACGCAGGACGACUUCCGGGAGGCAGCGAGGCGGAUCGCCGAGCACGAAGGCAGGGCGUAUAAUGCCGAGGAGGAGGAAGAGCAGGAGGGCCUGCAUGCCGGCGGUCGCAAGACGUCGCGAUGGGAAUCGUCCAAGAAGUCGGCCAAGGAGAUGGCGUCGCUCUUCCUCAACGCCAAGACACUGUUCCGAAACAGAACAAUGUCCAGAGUGACGACAAUCAUCUGGGUGACGUUCAUUGCCGACUUUUGGGGCUUCACCUUGGCCGGCUUCUACUUGCCGCAGAUCCUCCGCCUCAAAGGAGCGCAAUUGGACGAGUCGAUCGAGACAACCUAUCGAAACUAUAUUCUGGUCUACUUCCCUGGCAUCUUUGCGGUCGCUUUCGGUGCCGCCAUGAUCGAAGUACCCAAACUGGGCAGGCAAUGGGCGAUGGUGGCGUCGUCGGCCUUGAUGGCCGUCUCCUUCUUCUUGUUCACUGUCGUGAACUCGCAAGCUGGAUCAAUCGGCUUCAAUGCGAUGGAGUACUUCUUCCAGUCCUUCUUCAACUCGAUCCUCUACGCCUUCGUACCAGAAAUCUACCCAUCGGAGGUGAGAGGGACAGCGUCAGGACUAGCAUCGACGCUGGGUCGUUUGUCGAGUAUCGUGGCUCCCCUGGCCGCGGAUCCGCUGUUCAGAGACCAGACCGAGCUGCAGGCGAAACACGUUCUGUACCUAGCAGGCAGCAUCACGUUGAUCUGCCCGGUUGCGUUGGCCUUCUUGCCAUACGAUACGAGAGGGAUGAGGGUAUACUGA